AUGUCCCAACACGACAUCUUCACGCGCAUCCGACUGCUUGGAGUAUUCUCUCUGGCUGCCCUUUUUGGCGGCGGCCUGAUCUUGGUUCUUGCUGGCCUCACCGCUUUCCUCCCUCCCACGCCUGCAGACAUCCAAGAAGUGGAAUCACCUCUCAUCGACGGCUCCCAGCGCGUGUUUCUUGUUUUUGCUCAUCUCAGUAUUCGCGUUUGGUUCGCCACCCUCGCUGUUAGCUGUGCACUUCUUUGGUAUGGGUUCCAUCAAGCAUACGUCCACCUGUCCGCCUGCCGGUGCGGUAACACAUCGACGAGGGGGCCUGGACUCGACGAUAACCGACACGCCGAUUCGAUCGCCCGAACACCGAUGCUACUCAUCGUGCGAUACCUAUUUCCAAUACUGUGUAUUGUUGCUGCCGUCGGAUACGAGUUUGGCCUUGUCCAAAUUGAUGUUUUCGUCAACAGUGUCAUCGACAGGGGGAUGUUGAAGUUCUCUCUGCCCCCGCCACUUGGGUCUAAUGAUACCGUCAUAAGCCCCUGGACUCCAGAUGGGGCGUGGACUUUUGAAGACCAACUUUACUUCCAUGAAAUGGAUCCGGUGCAAGAACCAGGAGAACCCCCGUCAGCUGUCGUGGUGUCCGGUGUAUUGGAUUGCCAAAGUGUUUUGCGCCCUUUGGCCCUGGAUAUGGGAGUACUCACCACACGCGAAAUCGUCAUGGUUGCCAAUCUGACAAACGACGACGGGUCUUUCGAGAUGACGCGGGAUCAUAAUGGCUGGAUGCGGACGCGUACUUCAAACAAGGACUGGUUCGAUGAAGAAACGAGCCAGGAUCGCGCUGUUGUCGACUACCGCAUUGUGGAGCCGGGCAAGGUCCAGAUUCAGUGGGCGCGAGACGGACCUUGGUUUAGCGACGACCCGAAUGCCAAGAGGAUCUCGGAGGGCUCCGCCGUUGCUCGUCGCAUAACCUACGAUGUUCACUACGCAGUCGCGUUAGUUGGAAGAGACGUCAAUGAUAUAGACGAGGGCUGUACCGCAGGACUCGACGUGGACCUCUUGGUCCACGAUAGCAACCCACCUGACACAGAGUUCAAGAAUGGAUCUCUGCCACAUAUAUGGGAUUGGGUGGGCGCGAUGCUUGAGUCAGAAGACUCGGAUGUGGACGAAGGAGUACGGUCUUUCCUUCAUGCCGUCAUGGCGGGGUGGGGAUCUACAGCACUGGACAAAGCCCAUGGCCCGAAGCUCAGGUUUCUCCGAGACGACGAGGAGCCUUUUGGCCCCGAGCAAAAUGCUACCUGGAAGAUUCCGGGGGAACCAUACUACAGCGGGACACGUAAGGGCAUGUACAGGGGGUGCUACUUGAAUGCAGGUUGCGUCUAUUUGGUUGUGGGAUGUCUCGCCAUCAUUAUUGGACUGGCGCGGAUUGAGAGCGGGCCAUGCGACCUUCCCCUGGAAAUCGGACAGGAUGGGUAUAUGCCUAUAAGUGGUGAACAGUUGAUCAAAGAGAAGGUAGAUGGUACGACCGUGGAAUUCACGGAUGAUGAUGAAUGAUUUGGGUCGUGAGGAUGGUUUAGUACGGGGCCUGGUUGGACAGACGGGUUACUCUGUCGAUUUGGG